GGGGAGGGCGGCGUGGCGCGGCGGCAGGAGGCGGCAGGCAGGGUACCUCUAUAUAUUGUACUCGUCCCCAUCUCACCACACUGUGGUCACAUCGUCAGACAUGGCACUUCAACUUGUAUACCUCGCCCUCUUGGUCGCCGGGUCCCAGGCCGCCGCCGUGCCCCUGCUCAGAUCAGCGUACGCCCCCGCCUACGCUGCGCCUGUAUCUUACGCCGCUCAUGCGCCCAUCGUAGCUCAUACUGCUCCUGUCGCUUAUGCCGCUCAUGCUCCCAUCGUAGCCCAUGCCACCCCUGUAGCUUACGCUGCCCAUGCACCCGUCGUUGCUCACUCUCCCGUCGCUUAUGCCGCUGCUCCCGCCGCCAAGGUUGACGAAUACGAUCCUCACCCCCAGUACAGUUUCUCCUACGAUAUCCAGGACGCUCUGACCGGAGACUCCAAGAACCAGCACGAGACCCGCGACGGAGACGUCGUCCAGGGAUCCUACAGCCUGGUCGAGCCUGACGGUUCCCGUAGAACUGUCGACUACACCGCCGACCCCGUCAACGGAUUUAACGCUGUCGUCCACAAGGAGCCCGCCGCCCAUCCCGUAGCCGUCAAAGCUGUGGCCCCCGCCCCUGUAGCCUACCACGCUCCCGUAGCCUACCAUGCUCCCGUCGCUCCCGUCGCUUACCACGCUCCCGUCGCUUACCACGCUCCCGUCGCUUACCACGCCCCCCUCGCUAGUGUAGCGUCUCCCGUAGCCUACCACGCUCCUCUUGCCUACCAUGCACCUGCCUACGCAUACCAUGUGACAGUGCGGCGGCGGGUGGCUGGUCGGGCUCUGACUAGCUCAGGGACCAAUGGGCAGUGCCGAUGUGUGGCAUGGGUGGGUCCGCUGGCACAUCACCUAUAUAUACCGUACACUGGCCAAUUUGGGUACAUUCGUCCACCGGUCCUACCCCAACACACAGACAUGGCAUACAAGUUCAUCCUCCUCGCCGCCUGCGUGGCUGCCGCUAACGCUGGUCUCUAUGGCGCUCCCGCCGUGGUCGCUCCCGGCCCCGCCGUCAGAGCCUACGCCGCCCCAGCCUACGCCGCCCCCGCUUACGCCGCCCCCGCUUACGCUGCCCGUGCUUACGCCGCUCCCGUAGCUUACGCUGCUGCCCCCGCAUACGCCAAGGCUGUCGUCGACGCUGACUACGACCCCAACCCCCAGUACAGCUACAACUACGACAUCAAGGACGCUCUGACCGGAGACUCCAAGAGCCAGCAGGAGAGCCGAAGCGGAGACGUCGUCCAGGGAUCCUACAGCCUGGUCGAGCCUGACGGUUCCGUCCGUACCGUCGACUACACCGCCGACCCCGUCAACGGAUUCAACGCCGUCGUCCACAAGACCGCCGGAGUUGUCGCCGCCCCCGCCCCUGUUGCCUACGCUGCCCACGCUCCCGUCGUUGCUAAGGUCGCUCCUUACUACGGUUAAGUCACUUUCGCAUUUGUGAAUAUCUUCAGGCAUGCCAUUUGUAUAUAUGUCAUUAUUUAUUAAUGUGUAUGUUUUAUAUACGCUUUAAUAAACUAUUGUGUACCUAUGUUAAAAA